GUCAGAAUCGACAACUUGUCAGGACACACAGACAGACAAGUAGCAGAAAGUAAAUGUCCCGGAGGAAUUUAGUACGAAAGUCUAUCAAUACAACAUACUGCGUGAACAAUGGCUGACCAGAAUGCAGUGCCAAAUGGAGGUGGGGACCCUAUACAAGAUGACACAUUCGAGAUGGACCUGAAAGAAAUUCUUGAGGAUGGUCCAAACCUCAAUGACAUGAGCAACACUGUUCAGAGUGGCUCGCCCAAAAAAAUUAUCAGUAGGUCUUACAGUGGAAGCUCUAUGUCUGCUGCUAGCUUUGGAUCCACUGAACCACGACUAACUCGGUCAUUUACUAUGCCUCCUGCUACCAGCAAUGUUCCAUUAUCUACUCAAACACCAGCCCAAAGUAAUGGGGACUUUAUUCCGAAGACGGUGUCUGCGGCACAAUCCAAACUGGAAUCUAUACGACACUGGAGUGUGAACACUUUCAAGUGUACAAAGCAGUACUUGGCUGAGAGAUUAGGAAAGGGUUCUAAGACUGUAGAUCUGGAGCUUGAGACACAAAUUGAGGUUCUUAGGGACAUGCAGCGCAAAUAUGCCAACAUUUUACGUUUGGCACGUACUCUUACCAAUCAUUUCUACCAAGUAGUACAGACCCAACGAGCACUUGGGGAAGCAUUCGGAGAACAGGGGCAGCGAAGUCCUGAACUACAAGAAGAAUUCUUCUACAACUGUGAGACGCAGCGUGCACUGGUCAAGAAUGGGGAAACAUUGCUAGGUGCCAUGAAUUUCUUCACAUCGAGUGUCAACACAUUGUGUAACAAAACCAUGGAAGAUUCACUAAUGACUGUCCGCCAAUACGAACAUGCAAGGUUGGAGUAUGAUGCCUACAGAAAUGACCUUGAAGUACUACAACUUGGUCCAAGAGAUGGCAGUACUGUGGCCAAGAUUGAAGAAUCCAAGCACAAGUUUGAUGACUACAAAGUGAAAUUUGAACAACUAAGAGCAGAUGUUACUAUCAAACUGAAAUUCCUAGAUGAAAAUAGGGUAAAGGUGAUGCACAAACAACUUCUACUGUUCCACAAUGCUGUGUCUGCGUAUUUUACUGGUAACGAUGCCGCCCUUGAAGCCACCCUGAAGCAGUUCAACAUCAAACUAAAAGGAGCUAAUACGGAAAAACCAUCUUGGUUAGAGCAGUGAAAAUGACUCCUAGAGCAUGCCUAUAUACAGCCUCAUAUCAUCACACUUCGUAGUCAACUUCAUUGGUUCAGUUGAUUUUAUUUAUCAAGUCUAAAUAGUAGUCAUAAUCAUUGAAGAUGUCACAUAUUGUGUUAAUGACAAAUGUUCUGAAUUUAAGUAAUUUAAUAUGACUUUUACCUUAUGGUACUUAUCUAUCAAAUAGUUACUUUCGAGGAAAAAAAUCUUCAUACGUAGUGUUUUCAACAGUUUAACCAGUUUAAUAUCUUAAUAUAGAAGGAUUUUCAUUGAAAAAUCAGAAAAGGUUGCACAAAUCAAAUUAGACUGGUUAUUCUUGAUAUUUUACUCCCAUGAGAAGACAUAAUGUACACCUGUUAAGAAACCAAAUGUAUAAUUUAAUAUUGUUGUUGCAAGGACAAGAGCAGUUAGUAAACUGUACAUGUAUUAUCAAAGGAGAUGAAUCACUAGUUUUUUAAUUGAAUGAUCAUAAUUAACCAAAUAUUUGAUAAGAAGACUUUCCAUCAAUCUGGUUAGUCGGAUCUUUCACUUCAAAAGAGAUAACAGGUAUCCUGAAUUUUUUGGUUUUUGGAAAUUUCAAUGGGAAUAAAUGUAUUUGGUUCUAGGGGAAAAAAUUGAAAAAUCAUUUAGACUAUCAUCAAAUGUAAUACAAUUUAUACACAUGUACUGGGGUAGUAGAAUUUUUCGAAAAGGAUUUUGCCUUUUUUUUUUGGUAUGGGAAUCUAAUGCAUUGUAUUCUAGCUUGUUUCUUAUAUAACUUGCUUGGCUAUGUUGAAGUGAGGGAAAGCAGAAUGAAUGUUGAAAUAGGCAAGGAACAUGACUUGACUUACUAAUAAUUAGAGUUUUUGAUGUACAGAUGACAAUAUCAUAUUAAUUCACAACAGAUAUGGGUGAUGAAUGUUGCUUUUAAAUUACUAGCACUUAUCAAUCAAAUAUUUGUGAACGAUUGAUAUAAGAAGAUAUUUUUGAUGGGGGUAUUGGUUAAAAUCAAGUCUCUUUAGUUGUAUUAAAGUAUAGCAGGGCUAAAACCCUAUUGAAAGUGCAGCCUUUAUCCGAUGAAUUCAAGUUUAUCAUAUGUGAUAAAUAUGGUAGAGCCAUAAUUGUAAAGUUAAGAACAAAUUAAUCUAAAAUGGUGACCUUUAUUGUGUGCCAUGUUUGUAUACAUAUGAUGUCUUUAACGAAACACCAUAGGGACCAAACUCAGAACAGGCAGUCACAUUUAAUUUGUAUAAACAAUGUGUAUUGGUAUCUUCCUGAAUGUUUAGUUUUCAUGAUUAAGCAGGUUUUUUAAUGCAUAUUUGAAUCUGUUAAAUUGGACAUAUUGUUUUGAACAUGAAAUCAGAAAGUGAUAAAAGAUAGUUGCACUUCCUAUACUACUUGGUACCAGUUUGUAUUUAUGAGUGUAUAAAAAGGCCUAAUAUACAAGUAAUAUAUGACACAUAUCUGUUAUAUUUGUUCGCCAGUAUCAGAAUGACUGCUUUCGUCCAGUUUUGUGGAUCUCAUAAUAUUGAAUUCAAAGCUUUGCACCUCAGGAUUUUUGCAUAAUCAACUUUUAAAUUGCGUCCAUUUCUGCUGCAUUAGAAGAAACAUCAGUGUUGAAAUACUGUAUAACAUUAAAUGUUUUUCUUUUUUUUUCAUAGUUUGGUUCAAAUUAUUUCGUGGAUACAAACUGUUGUAGUUUAAUAGCCCAUUCCAAGAUACUAUAACUAUAAUACAUACAACAAUAUUUGUUGUAUUUUUAAUUUGUAGCUCUAUAUAGUAACCAUGAAAACUUAAAAAGUUUAUACACAAUGAACAUUUCAUGUUAUAUAGUAUUGAGUGAUUGUCUUUUUUAACACAAUUAGCAGAGCUAUUAAUUUGAUGUUUCAUAUUUUGUAAAGAUCUCCUUUUGGUAUGAAAUUUAAAGUCUUAUUAUGGCUGGACAAUCUUUCUAUUAUAGCUUUUGAAAUAUCCUUUCUGUUCUUUUCAAAUAUGUCGUGAAAUAUUUUAAAUAUCUUUGAUACAGUAGAUUAAAUGAGUUAAAGAUCUUCCUGUUAGGUACUUUUCAGUAAUAAUUAAUAAAUUAAUGUUUUGUUAUCAUUUUUUAUACUGUUUUUUUUUUGUUCUGCAAUAAACUUUAUCGAAAAUAUUAUUUUAAUGUUGCUAAGAUACUGCCGAGAAAAAAAAGACAGACAGUACCAUGUGUUACUGUUUUCAGACAGUACCAGUAAUGAAUUAAUGUGUUGCUGUUUUCAGAGAGUACCAUGUGUUACUGUUUUCAGACAGUAACAUAAUGAAUUAAUGUGUUACUGUUUUCAGACAGUACCAGGAAUGAAUUAAUGUGUUGCUGUUUUCAGACAGUACCAGGAAUGAAUUAAUGUGUUACUGUUUUCAGACAGUACUAGUACUGAACUUUCAUCCUAAUGUGAAUUGAAAUCUACAUCAGGCAUCAAUUCACAAUCUGGUUGUGAGUUUCUUUUUGUGAUACUUGUAUUCAUUAAUGUAUCCAUAUACUUGUGUGUUUAUGUAAAUAUUUUUUUAACACAUGGUAAAGCUGUAAAUUUAUUGUCAGGAGUACAGGCCAUUAUGGCCCAUUUUAAGUGCAUUUUAUAUACAUAUUUGUGACAUUGAAAUCCUCUGUAUAUAAUGAAUCUGUGCUACAUGUGCAAGUCUUGUUUUGGUUGAGAUUUUAAGAUUUCCUCAGUGUGUGAGGGAGAGAGCGAGUGAGGUGAUUAAAGUUGUUACUGAGAUUUUUGUUUUUCCUUGUCCAAGUGUUUGAGAUAAUCAUUUGUAUACUUGAAUUAAUGCAACACUUUUUAUGUUCAGCAUUGUCUUUGGUUUGUGUACAUUUGGCUGUUUUUGUUGAAUUUUAUGUUUCAAUUAAUUUCUUCCUAAAAUAUGUUAUUUAAUAUAAGUACACCAUUUAGUCACUGGCAGUGUGUUGCCUUAUGCCCAGAUCCUUACAGUGGGCUUCCUAUUUUCACUUUGCUUGCUAAUUAUCACUAUGUUAUUUAAUAUUGUUUAAUAUACACAUAUUCUCAAAUAUUAACAUGCUAAUGCAUGUCUCGAAUGGCUCACUUCUGAUCAUCAAUAAUUGUCAACAGAUUCUGAAGAAGAAAAAACUAGAAUUUAUGAAGUUAGUAGUCAAUAAACACUUAAAAUGAAGAAAAAAAAAAUGACUGAGAAAAAUACGAUGGGUUGAAAAAAAUGACUGAGAAAAAUACGAUAGGUUGUCAUAUUGUGAAAGGAACAUAUUAUCCACUUUGUAAAACAUCUCUACAUGAAGAUAUUUUGACUUUUGUUUCCUUGUUUGCAUUGUGACUUCGGAUUAUUUAACCAAAAACCCAAUACUUGUGGACUUUUUCUGAUCAUUCAAAGUACAUGUAUUGGUUUAAAUUAUUAGAGCUGAAUAAAGAGUAUGCAUCACCCAACAGUAGAGUAGACUAUCUGUGUAGCAAACCUCCCAUACAAUUCUGUGCAAUAUUUAAUGGUGAUGUUUAUUUCGUCCAACAGAUUUUCUAGAAAUUGCUGGGUAGGUUGUAUCCAUUAUCUACCAUUUACAGCUAGAUAAUGACUGUUUGUGUUGUCCUCUAUUUGGUAUCCACUGAAGGUGACGGUUAUACUCAUUUAAUUAUCAAUUAUUUUGUUCUUCCUUUGUCUAUAUUGUUAACUACAAAAUACUGACACUUAGGAUACUGUGUGUGAUCAUUGUCUUUCAAGAUGCCUUGUCAAAAUGGCUUUCUUUACAUGUAAUAAAACUUACUGUAUCUUUGAAUUUCAAAAUAAAAUGAAUACAACAGUUAUGUCAUUAAUACUAUGUAAAUAUCAAGCAAGUGUAUUUCUUGUCAUUUAUUCUAUAGAAGUCUAGUUUCAUUUAUGUUUGUUUUGUGUACAUUUUACAUAUUGAAAAUAUCAAAGCUUAUUUAUUUAAUGGAUUUUUUUUUUAGCAUAGACCAUGUCAACUAGGUUUAAAUUAAUUCUCUAUUGGUAACCUUUAAUACAUGUGUUAAGUGUAUGUACAUUUCUCUGUGGAUGUGUAUCCAAGAUACUAUGUAAUUCACCUUUUGUAACGUGUCAUUAAUCAACACAUAAAUUCAUAUCGUCGGAUUAUAAUCAUUGCUGUGUUGGCAAGUCAUAUAUGGGACCACUGGAUAUGUUAAUCAAGUAAUAUAAUUAUAUCUUCACAUUUUCCUUUUAAAAAGGAAUUUGUUUUCAUAUUUAUGCGUGUAUAUAUACAUGUACAUGAAUUUAUAAUUCCAUUGAUUUAUGCAGCCAACUCCCCUUUCCCUUAUAUUCUAUUUACCUGCUCUUGAUAUCUGUCACAAGUUGAAUUGGUGCCAGUAAUUAGGUAACAUUCUCUCAACAUGAUUUUCUUCUACACUUCAUUAAUCUUUUUCCUUAUUUGGCUGUUGCAUCAACUCUUAAGGCGCCAACAAACUAAGUACAUUUUCUUGUGAUGUGAAAAUCAGUUUUUUUUUUAUAAAAUUUCCAUGAAAACUAUGAGUGGUGUCUCUUUAUGUAUGAUGUGUUAUUAUUAACAGUUAAUCAGGAUAGAAAGUAUAUGCUGUACUAUUUUUUUAGUGGUAAUGUACUCUACAGAAAUUAUCCUGUACACUGACAGUCUAACAAUUCAACUUCAGAUAGCCUCUACAAAACAGAUAUUUAAUCUAUUGAGUAAAUACGACAAUGUGUGGCCAUUUUAUGUGUUAAUGUGGUAUUGUAUGGCCAAUUGUUCAAAGAUAUAUGCGAAAUGUAUUUUUGAUAAUUUCUCAGUGGAUUAAGAACUUUUCUUUUGUUUUUAUAAACCAGACAAUGUUUAAGAGUGAUUUAAUGGUAUAUACAAUGUACCUGCAUUCGAUAGCUUAGGUAUACCUAUUUGUCAUGGUGUUGGUUGAAUAUGUAUCGGAGGAAAUAGCAUAUAUAUGUGUUCUAGUCCAGAUUUUAAGUGUGUUUAGUCUUGGUUUCAUCAGACUGACAAUAGUGGUUAGAUUAGUGUAUGCUUAUUAUCCACAAUAAUACCAUGUAAAUGUGGCAAAGGAAAGUAAAUUAAUGGUUUGAUUUCACUUGUUAAUCGUCUUGUUUGUGUUAUUAUAAUUACUACAGGAUGAGGUUACAUUACUUGGAUUUCUAAUUGAACUUAUUGCACUAGUGUCUAGAUCAUAGCAAAUAUAUCGUGUUCAAUGUAGCAUUGUUCAACUAUGUAUACACGCGGUGAUACAUUGACAUGUAACUGCAUUAAAAUAAACAGAUGUAGACCAUUGUAAAUGAUUUAGUAUCAAAUUGGCUGGAAUUUUUAAAAGGCAAGAUUACUUUUAGUUUAAAUAGUUUGGUACACUCAGUUCUGAAAUAACAUGAACAAUGCAAGUAAUUUCAGAAGGCUACAACAACAUGGAUGUUGAAUGAGGUUGAACCAUUUGCAACAACUGUGCAAUACUGGCACCAUAUGACUAUCAUUUAUCAACCCUUUUAUCAACAUUACAUUGGUUACCUGAUUUACGAUAGCACAAGGUAUCCACCUAUGAACAUUUAACACUAUUUGAUAUGACAGGAUGGUUGGCUCUCCUAUCUUUAAUAGUUUGACUUACUAUGUGCCCAUUUCUGAUAGUCAUCAAUCGUCCUGACUAAGUUACUUGUGUGCAUACAUACAUUCAAUGUAUUUGGCCAUGGGGUUCUCCGGCUCUGCUGGUACACAAAAAUCACUUUGCUGUGCUGUACUGUACAUGUAUUUAUAGAUGCUUGUGAACUAUUGCUAAUAUCACACUUUCCAUAUGUAUAAACCAUCCAUGUUAUUUAAGGUCUGUGAAAUACACCAAAUGAAUAAAAAUUAUGAAAAGAAAA